AUGCAUAGAUAUGAGCGAGAUCGAAGCCCCACUCCUGACCCUGACAUAGUGAAGGGCUCAUACUCCCAAACGUCCCUCAGAUCACUACAUGAACUUAACUACAGACAUCCUGGCGGUAUAAACGGGCUUGGCUUUGCAGGAAGCCCGCAGCAGUCGGUGGCAUCCUUGUCGCAGAUGCGACUGGAAAAUUUGACCAAGGAUAAGCAUUGGGAGGAAGUGGAGGACUUUGGGCUGGAAGAGUUGAGAGAUGGAUUUUUCGACGCAGCCUUUACCAAGCCAGAUAGCAAAUCGAGAUCCUACAACAGCAACGUUGAUGACGACGAUGGCGCUGCAAGAAAAAAAUCGCAAUCAAGUUUUAGCAAGUUUUAUCUCUACGUGUGGGCAGUUAUCUAUAAGCCCAUCGUUCAUUUUCCGAGGGAUCUCAGGGAUAAUUGGGCUUCCAUAUUCAAGUUUUUCGUUGCGUAUUUCAUUGCAAUGGUGAUUUGUGUAAUCAGACCUUCUGGGAAGUGGGUUGGCCACGAAUUCAGGUAUUUUCUCCCCAUCGCAGUGCUCAUACAUCAUCCGGUAAGAAAUAUCGGUGUUCAAUUAGAAAUGACCGUCAGCUCCGUAAUCGGUGCAGGUUUUGGCCUGGGCUGGUCCGCUUUGGCCUGGUACGUUUCCACAGCAACGAAGCCAACCGCCAACUACCAAGGAGGCAUUCUGUUCCAAAGUCUUACUAUGGCGCUUUUAUUGGCCAUUUGGGUAAGGUCCGUCUACCGUCGGCUUUUCUAUCUUACGCUUUCUUUUUCCAUGUCAAUCAUCUUCACCCAUACAGUUCGAUUGGCCUCAUCUAAGUUAGAUUUGAAAUGGCAAGUUUUUUGGGAUUUUGGAAUCUCUUACUUAUUCGGCAUCUUACUGUCCCUCUUGGUUUGUAUAUGCGUAUCACCACAUAGUGGUAAUGCGGAAUUGAUGGAACAUUACAACGAGUGUCUACAAACCACAAAGACGUUUUUAAUGGCAUUAGUAGAUACGAAUUUGAUCAAUUCAAAAGAAGAAAUACAUUUAGCGCAGGUGAGGAUGGUGAAAACGUUGAACAUUGAUUUGUCCCAAGGUUUCAGGGAUUUCGUUAACCAAUUAACGAUUUCUAGGUUUGAUCUUCAAUCUUUGAAAAAUUUAAGAAAUUCCUUAACUGCAAUGGAAACCUCUUUAAGGAUAUUACCCAUUGCACCUAAGAUUUUCAAUGAUGUUGAAUUGAAAAAAAUGUAUGAAGAAUUGGAAAGGUAUAAACCAAACUCCACUAGCCCGAACAAAGAGCAAAGUGCCAGUCUCGAAUCUUCGGCCGUCCCAACAAGAGAAACUACGCCCAAUGCCUUUAAGCCAAUUGGCCCGGAACCUUCAAAAAAUGAAACUUAUAUCAACGCUUUAAAGGCAUCCUUCUCAAAGAGCAUUUUCAAUCUAAUACUAGAGAUGAUCUUCGUAUUGGAAAAUUUGUCAAGGGUACUGAAAAAAUACGAAUCUUCCCAUCAAAAAAAAAACCUAGAUGAAUGUGUCAAGAUACUAAGUCGCUCUCACUCUAAUUUAAAGAGGAAAAUUUAUAAACUGGAUGUUUGUUACAGGGAUUUUAUCAAUUCUAGCUUUUUUUCGCAGGACCUGUUAAAUGAUGAGGACUCUGUUGAUAUUUUUCUAUUUCUUCGAUAUUUGAGAAACUCAGCAAGACAGUUGGUUACGGUCAUCCAUGACUGCAAAGUUCUAGGUGAAAAUAUUCACUGGAGAAUUGCCCUUCCAUCUUACCCAUUAUCUCGCGCUUUGACUAGAUUACCUAGGCAGUGUGUCCUCGAUGAAGGUGCAGGGAAUGUUCUUCAUUAUUUUGAAGCGAAACGUGAUGUCGAUGAAAUUUUUGAAAGAGUGUACAACACCUAUACGUCGAGACACAAGUAUAACAAAGGUGAAGAAGAGGCAUUAAAAUACGACUCAAAAGUCGAUACCGGCAAACCACAGAACCGGAAUAACCACGUUAUAUCUAUAAGAGCAAUUGAUCAUAAUGACUUCAAUUUUCAUACCACUCAAAACGCUUGGAGGUUCAAAUUAUGGAAAUUUAGUAGAGUCUUAUCCGGCGAUGAGUGCAAAUGGGCGUUGAAAGUUACCUUUUGCAUGAUAUUCUUGUGCUUACCGACUUGGUUGCCUGAGUCCUACCGCUGGUAUCAAGAGUAUCAUUGUUGGUGGGCGCCACUUACGUUUUAUUUAUUAGCUCAUAGAAGAUAUGCUGGUAAUUGGACACUAGUAAUGAGGAGAUUAAUCUGCGGUAUAAUAGGCAUCUUUUGGGGGUGGGCUGCGAAUCAAUCCAGGCAUUUUGGUAGCCCAUACGUCAUUUGUACAUUUGCCGCACUAAUUGUGUUCCCGUUCAGCAUCAACUUUCUUGUUUAUAGGAAUACCAAGUCAAGCUUCACCGCGAUGAUGUGCUUCACCGUGAUUGUCCUCGAACCAUACAGCAAGCCCGAUAGACAGUAUGACUUAACCACCGCCGGAAUAUGGAAAUGUACCUGGGUUACAGGGUUAGCACUCAUCAUCGGUAUCUUAGUUUCCAUCCCCAUUAAUUGGAUUGUAUGGCCGUUUAGGGCUAGAACAGAACUAAGAGAUAGUAUGUCAUCUUUACUGGCACAUUUAGGUCAAUCUUACCAAACUGUAGCGGAUCGUUAUCUGUACAGAGAUGCGGACGAUGCCCCCACCGAUUUAACGUUUGCAUUUUCUCACAUCCGUGAAGUCAGACUGACUCAAAGCCUUGAGGCGAUUAGAGAACUUUUAAAAAAGGCUCGUCACGAGCCAAUCAUUAUUUCAAAUUUCAGUCCCGAUAAGUAUACAAGCCUGAUCGACUCAUGUCAAUUUUUGUUGUCUAAGAUCAUUGAAGCUAGAAUUUCAGGUGCCUUUUUUGAAAUUUGGGACCAGGAUUUCGAUAUCGAAACCACAAGAGCCUUAUUAUCGUUGCGAAGGGACAGUGUUUCAUCUGUGAUUUUUGUUUUCUACAUCUUGUCCAAUUGUUUUGGAUCAAAAAACAAGAUCCCACGAUACUUGCCAAACCCAAUUAUGUCACGUAAAAAACUUUAUCACUUCAUCAAGAAGUUCAGCGAACUGAAGGACCAAUCACAUACGAAUUUAAACUCAGGGUGCAACUCCAUGGAAAAGAAUCUCUUCAAGAAAAUAUACCAUCAGAAGGCGUCCAAUUCCACCCAACAACAGUUGCCACUGCCUUCAGUUGCCAACAGCUCUGAAAUAGAUAGCGAAAAAAUGCAUUGGACGGAAGUUCAUGGCAUUGCAUUCGCGAGGGCCUUUACGGAUAUCUCCGAAGCCCUGUACCAGGUGGAGAACUGUGCAAAAGAUAUAUUGGGCGAAGAGGACUUUUAG